AGCAAUUCCACAGCACAAUGCAGAAGGUCAAAGACCAGAAAACUCAGAUCGAAAGUGAAACCCGGGUCUGUCCUGUAUAAAUAGGAGACGAUUUCCUUUCUAUCCCAGAGCUCUGCAGAAGAUCACAAACCUCUGCAUCCUGCUUGAAGGACUCCAGAGAAAGAUGCUGAUUAUAACGACUUAAAAAAUAAUCCUGCUGGAAACCAAAUCUUUCUCUGCUGCAUUGGCGUCAUCUACUUGCCGCCCUGGUAUUACAGACUUUACUUGCAAUUUUAUUGUUACAAAAAUGCCUAGAAGAAAACGUAAGGCAAUUGCUCAAGUGCCAUCAAAAGCUAAAAAGAUAAAACAACAACGUACAGAAGAAACUGAUGAACAGAGCUCAGAUGAAAUUGCGAAGGAGAUUGACAGCAGCAACAUGGACAAAGACUUUUUGCAAUUGUUAAAGAGGCUUGAUCUUGUAAACUAUUAUCCACAAAAAAUGAAAACGGCUGAUUUUCAUAAGAUAUGUAGAUCUUCUAUGUCUAAAACCCUGACUUUAGGAGAACGUCAACUUUCCAUCCAUUAUCUACAAAAGUUGCUCAUGUUGGACUAUCGUGCUAGAGAUACACAGUACAAAAGUGCUAAUGAUCUCGCUCAAAAGAAUAUAGUGACCAUAAAUGAUAAAGUUGAUAAAAAUGACAUAUCAGAAGAUUUCUUAGAUCAUUUCCUUGAUGACAGCAAGGAGGAAUUUGAAAGCCAAAGUGCAAACCAAGAGCAACCUAUUCACCCUAUGGAUGUGCAGAUGGCAAUUUUUCAUUGUGCUAAUGACUUUAUGAGACAGUAUAUUUACACAAAACUUUCACUUUGUCAGUUUGCUGUACCAAUGUUGGUAAGAAAUCCCAGCACAAAGCUCAUUGAGUUUCCUCUUUGGUCUUUUCAAGAAGUUAAAAAGAAAUGGAAAGCAAAAAGUGGCGCGAACAGGGAUGAUACAUCCAGCAACAAAUUUGUUACUGAAGCUGAAACUCCUAUUGUAUCUUUCAUUCGCUUUGGUCCAUCAGCUUCUUCUAAGUCACAAAUAAUCAACUGGCUGAUCAGUAAACAAAGACAUGACAUCUUCUAUCACCGCCAUUGCAAGGGAAGUACAAAGAACUCUUUGCUAAUGAAUGGCAUUACAGAAAUUGCUUGGUAUUGCCCAGGUGGGAAGGAUGAUGAUGCAUUUGAUGACUGCAUUGCCUUUACCAAUCUACAUGGUGAUGCUAGAGACCAUGACAAACAAGUACAAUUUUUAGAGCAGAUUUCCUCAGUCAUUGUAGUUUUGUUCAAUGAUAGAGAUGCAAGGGAAGGACAUGGUAAAAUAGUUUUGCAGCGAUUAGUGAACUCUCCCACACCAUUAAUCUGUCUUAUUGCAGACAAGGAAUGUCCUCCACCAAAACCUGGUACUAAAUUAAAAAUAGGUUUAAGAGACAGAAAUGAAGCAGAUAUGGUAGACAUAGUAGCUACUACAAUACAUUCAUUAUUGACCCGUUCAAAUCAAAGACACUCUCUUAACAAAUGUGCAAGCAUUGCCAGAAGUCAUGGAUUUAUAGUGGAUGUGGACAAAGAGCAGUGCAAGCAAGGAAGAGAUGACGCAGAUCGUCUACUGUCCCUACUAAAAGAAAAAAAACUCUCAGCUAUAAAGGAGGCAUUUCUGCCAUUGCAAGGUGAUCUGUGGCAUAAUUGGUGCACAAAAGAUAAGGAACUCACUAGACUUAAGGGAAAAAAUAAUUUGAGCAUUGAGGAACAGCGGAGUAACAUUGAGUCUGAAAAACAAGCGCUAAGAAACAGUCAAAUACAAAAAGCUUUUCCUUUAAAUGACUUUAUGAGAUCUCUCCUAAAUAUUCUACACUCAAAUGCUCAGGGCUCAAAAUUAUAUUUUCUGCAGUGGUUUAAAAUGUUUUUGGAUGAUUUGUCUUCAGAAACAUUAUCAACUCUCUAUCAUGAAUAUCAAAAUGUUUGGUCAGAUUUAACAGUGGAAAAGCAAAAGUGCAAAAAUAAGCGUAAAAUACAAAAACUUGAAAACAAACUGGAAGAACUAUCAACCAAGAUCAACGGCUCAACAUUUGGGCUUGAACAUAUUCUCAGAGAACUUGGACAAAUUUAUGAAGCAUUAGAAACAUCCCCUGAAAAAGAUCAAAGCUUUUUAACUUUGCCUAAAAUUGCAGCACAUCUUAUGGUUUCAGGGUAUCCAGUAGAGCUUAUGGAUGGCGACGCUGCACAUGUACCAUUGAAGUGGAUAGGAGCAGUUCUGGAUGAAUUGAUAGGACUGUUAGGAGAUAAAAAGCUGUAUGUCCUUUCUGUACUAGGUAUUCAGAGUACAGGUAAAUCCACUUUACUCAAUGCUAUGUUUGGCCUCCAGCCUGCAGUGAGUGCUGGUAGAUGUACACGAGGAGCGUUUAUGCAACUUAUUAAGGUUGAUGAAGAACUUAAACAAGAACUAAAAUUUGAAUACGUGCUUGUUGUAGACACCGAAGGAUUAAGAGCUGUAGAACUAUCAAAGAAGAAUUCAGUGAACCAUGAUAAUGAAUUGGCUACAUUUGUAAUUGGCCUGGGUAACAUCACUAUAAUUAAUAUUUUUGGUGAAAAUCCUUCCGAAAUGCAAGACAUUCUACAGAUUGCUGUUCAAGCAUUUCUCAGAAUGAAACAAGUGAACUUAAGACCAAGCUGUUUAUUUGUUCAUCAAAAUGUUGGUGAGAUCACAGCCAAAGAAAAAAACAUGGAGGGAAGAAGAAGAUUGCAAGAGAAACUGGAUGAAAUGACAUUGUGUGCAGCGCAGCAGGAGCAGUGUGGUGUCACUUGUUUCAAUGAUGUCAUUCAGUUUGAUGUCAACACUCAUAUUCACUAUUUUGCCCAUUUGUGGGAAGGUGACCCACCUAUGGCCCCUCCAAAUCCAAGUUACAGUGAAAAUGUCCAAGAGUUAAAGAAGAUCAUACUCCAGUCAGGGAAACAGGAAGACCAUGCAAAUAUUUUGAGCAUUUCAAUGUUUAAAGCACGUGUUAAUGAUCUAUGGAAUGCGCUGCUUAACGAAAACUUUGUUUUUAGUUUUAAGAAUUCUCUUGAAAUUGCUGCUUAUAACAAACUGGAAACUAAAUACAGUCAAUUGGCAUGGUCUUUAAGAGAGCACAUGCUGACGCUUCAAAGCAAAAUCAACAACCAAAUUCACAACGAUGUGAUAAAAUCUGUAAAUGUCGGUUCGCUAACCAAGGAAUUUAAACCGAAAUACAAAACUAUUCAGGAAGAGCUGAAUACAUUUUUUACAGAAGAAAGAGAUAGUGAAAUGUUAGUGCAAUGGAGAGCAAAGACUGAAAUUAGACUCUCUACUCUUAAAAGUGAUAUCAUAGAAGAGAUGAAGAAAAAAACUGAUGAACUAUUGACAGCAAAAAAUAAUAGUGCAAAAAUGAACUCUUUUAAGGAAAAAUAUGAAGAUGAAAUGUUUAAGAAAAGCAAAAACCUGGCCUUGACUUUGAAAGGAAGAAACCUUAAUGAUGAGGAAUUGCAGGAAAAAUUUAAUGACAUGUGGAAUGCCUUGAUUACUAAAGUAACUAAAACAAUAAACAUGCCUGAGCGUCCUGAGAUCCACCUAGACUUAGAAAAUGUUUUCCUAGAACGCUUCAAAACAGAAAACAAUCUUGUUGAUACAAUUCGUGAUUCUUAUAAUUGGAAGGAUUUUCUUCCAGCGUUCUCCAAGUAUAUUGAGGGUAAACGAGGAUUUAUGUCAAAGGUGUUUUUCUCUGGAACACUCAGCCAUAAUGAUCAAUACAAGAUAAAACAUACAACAUAUGCUCUAGAGAAGCGAGUUAAUGAAUAUAUUGAAAAAAAAGAGCAAGAGAUAAUGGAUUAUCAGUGUAUCUAUUUUCAUGAAAUUUUGAAUACGAUUAACAAGGAAAUAUACACCAUGCUGGAUAAAAAGUUUAAAUAUUUGACAGAAUAUAAGCUGUAUGUGUCACUGUUCUUGUGUCAAAUUGCCGCCAGAAGAUUUAUCCGCAUUUCAGAUGCUUUUAGAGAAGCUAACAAUCCUCUUGUUUACUUGGAAGGUAAAAAGGAUCAAUUCUGGCAGAGUUUUAAAAUCUCCUGCAAAGAAAAAACUGAAACAGCAUUGCUAGCUGAUUUAUUGUGUAAUACAUUAAAAGGGUCCAUCCAACAAGAAGUGACAGAAAAGGCUGCACUUGAGUUAGCUGGGGACAUGAAAUGCAAUGAUCCUUCUUUAAAUGGGGGAACAGAUCGAAACUAGACUACUGUUUACUUAAGUCACUGGCAGAAAAGGAAUGUUUCCAGGAUUACAUUAACUACAUCAAAGAUCCGAAAUCAGCAGUUCAGGCCUUUAUCAAAGAACGUGUUCACGUGAUUUGUAAAGAAAAUGCAAAGAUUUCAGAGAUUUUCAAUAUUAAAGUGGAUUUUUUUAGACGACUUGUAUCAAAAGCUAUCGAUAAGUCAACUGCUGAGGUUACAGACAAGUGUGGAAAUGUUAAAUCCUGGCUGGAAAGAUUCUGCCAAAAGCUUCAGAAUGAAAUGAAGCUGUCCUCAAAUGACCUGAAAAUUGUUCAAUAUCAGGACAUAACCGACUUAGGAUUCCUUAAGGAGGCAAUGACAAAGGCUUUACAGAUAGUAGUGAAAUCCCUCAAAGAGGAGUUAUCUGUAUGUGAUCCAUAAUUCCUUGAAAAAAAGAUCUUCACCAAUUUAUUUGACCAGUUUUCCGGAUGCUGGAAAAUGUGUCCAUUUUGUGAUGCUGUUUGUACACAUACUACAAGUACACAUGAUGGAGACCACAGCAUGAAGUUCCAUCGUCCUAGAGGUUUAACAGGCGGCUCUUGGCAUAAUACCAGAAAUUUUAGCACAAAUAUAUGCACUUCUCUUGUAGGAAGUGAUCUGAUCUGUGUAGUAAAUGAUGACAAACGCUUUCCCUUCCAAAACUAUAAAAAUGAAGGAUCCCCUUACAGUGAGUGGUCUAUUACUCCCGACAACUCUGCCUUAUCCUACUGGAAAUGGGUGACCUGCCGUUUUGAAUCUGAUUUAGAAAAAUAUUAUAAUUUAAAAUUUGAAGAUAAAGGAAAGAUCCCUUUACAAUGGAGAAAUAUAACCAAGCAGGAUGCCAUUAGAGAGAUAGAGAAACUGAUGUAGUCAAUUAAAAAAUCUAAUAAUAUAUUAAUAAAGAGGUUUUCCCAUUAUGACAACUUAUCUCCUACCCAUAGAAUGGUGGACAAGUUGCGGACCGGCGGGGGGAUGACUUCUAGGGCCCCUACUAAUCACUAGAAUAAGGACCAGUGCUCACAGUUUGAUUGCAUCGGCAGAUAUGAAUGCAUGCUGCCACUUCAUUCAACUCUAUGGAUCUGCCAGAGAUACAGUAGCUGAGUGCUAUCUCUGGGAGCCCCAUAGAGUUGAAUGGAGAGUAGGAAACACAUGCGUAUCUGCCACUUCUAAUGGGGAACAUCCACCCUUGUUUUAGUAUUGGCAGGGGCCCCAGCAAUCGGCAACAAAUCCCUUAUCCUAUGGAUAGAAGAUGAGUUGUCAUAGUGGGACAACCCAUUUAAGUUCAACUACUGCAUGUAUUCAGCCAAUAGACAGAUUGAUCAGGGAAGCCACUAUGGCAUCAUAAUAUAAUACUGGAAUUAUUACUGAUAUUGAAUAGGUAAUAUAGGUUAAAGGGGUUAGCCCAUCUCACCCUUUGUUGGCACAUAUCUAGGAUAUGCCACCAAUGUCUGAUAGGUGUGGAUCCCACCUCUGGGACCUAUAUCUAUCUCUAGAAUGGGGUCCAAAAGUGAACAAGGGCGCAAGCGUGGGCUCUCUCCAUUCACUUCUAUGGGGGUGCCAAAAAUAGCCAAGCUCCUUAAUUCUAUGGGCAUUCUAGAGUUAGGUGCAGGUCUCAGAGUGGGACCCACACCUAUAGGACAUUAGUGACACAUCCUAUCGAUAAGCCACCAUGAUGCAAGAUGGGCAAUCCCUUUAAGCAUAUUGUCUAUGAUACAAAACAUUGAUGAUACUUGUAAACAGAUCAAAUCUUAAAUGGAAUAUGAAUAUUGAAGAGUGAUCUUAAAACAGUUGCCCAUCUUAGACCUUUAUUACAAGGAUCCAUAAAUAACCAUAAGCCGAUCACAGUGUUUCCUGGUGCAGGAACCCCCAGAUAUCAGCUUUUACCUGCAGGAGAAUUCAGCAUAACCACAGGGAAAACUAAUUAUUACACCAUGGCCACUAACAUCAAUGGGCUGUUCAGCUGCUCUCCACAGUACUUCAGGCUUCUGAACAGAUGACCCCCAUCUAUUAACUCCCUAAUUGGGUUUCUUUUAACAAAAUUCAAGGUGAGAUUUGAAAGAACAUUCAGCAAGUUAUAUAAAGGUCCCUGAUAAUCAGGGUGAAGAUCAUUAUUAAUACCAGUUCCUAUGAUUUUUUUUUUUUAUCCUUCAACUUUCUUUAAAAAAUAUAUAUAUAUAUAUAAUUAUUUGUAUUUAUUGUAAGUAAAAAUAAAACAAUAUACCCGGCA